AUGAAGCAACUUCAGAGCCUAAACCAGUCGCAGAGGAUAGCUCUCGCUGGCGUUCUCUCCCUCUUCUUCCCAAUCUUCUCUCCCAAUCUCUUCCGCCCUCUUGGUCGCUCGUUUCCUUCUCUCUUCUCCGAAUGGAAUGCGCCAAGGCCUAGACAUUUGCGUCUACUCGAAGGUGCUCUUGAUCGACAAAUUUCUAUCAGACAACAAGUGGAGUUAUGCUCUCCCUUGCCAGAUCAAGCUUGGAAGCCUUGCCCUGACUCUUAUAGAGGCUCUCCCUUGCCUGAGAAGUCUCAAGGGUUUCUUCAAGUGUUCCUUGACGGUGGACUUAAUCAACAAAGAAUGGGGAUAUGUGAUGCGGUUGCUGUUACUAAGAUACUUAACGUUACGCUUGUGAUUCCACGUCUUGAAGUUAAUCCUGUUUGGCAAGAUUCUAGUUCGUUUGCAGAUAUUUUCGAUGUGGAUCACUUUAUAAGUGUUCUUAAAGACGAGGUGCGGAUUGUUAGAGAGCUUCCUACACAAUACGCUUGGAGCACGCGUGAUUAUUACGCAACAGGUAUUCGAGCUACUAGGAUUAAGACUGCGCCUAAUCAAGCUUCUGCAGAGUGGUAUGUGGAGAAUGUCUUGCCUGUUAUCCAAAGUUAUGGCAUCGCUGCUGUUGCCCCGUUCUCUCACCGUUUGGGGUUUGACAAUGUUCCUGAAAGUAUACAACGGUUACGUUGUAAAGUGAACUUUGAAGCAUUGAACUUUGUUCCUAGCAUUCGUGAGCUUGGGGAUGCUCUUGUGAAUCGGCUCAGAAACCCCCCUUCCAGCUCUAAAACAUCAGGAACUAUGGAUCCAACAGAUAGAGUAAACACCAUUGUAAAAGCUGGAGCUGGAAAGUUCGUCGUGCUUCAUCUUCGCUUCGAUAAAGAUAUGGCUGCUCAUUCAGGAUGUGACUUUGGAGGUGGCAAGGCUGAGAAACUGGCACUAGCGAAAUACCGCCAAGUGAUUUGGCAAGGAAGAGUCUUAAACUCACAGUUCACAGACGAAGAGCUAAGAAACAAAGGGCGUUGUCCGUUAACACCUGAAGAGAUUGGUCUACUUCUUUCAGCUUUGGGUUUCACCAACAACACCCGUCUCUAUCUAGCUUCACACCAGGUUUACGGAGGAGAAGCAAGAAUCUCUACCCUGCGUAAACUCUUCCCGGUGUUGGAAAACAAGAAAAGCCUAGCAUCUCCGGAGGAGCUAGCUGAGGUAGAAGGGAAAGCUUCAUUGAUGGCUGCAGUGGAUUACUACGUGAGCAUGAAGAGUGAUAUCUUCAUCUCUGCGUCUCCAGGGAAUAUGCACAACGCAUUGCUUGCGCAUAGAGCGUAUUUGAACCUGAAGACAAUAAACCCAAACAUGAUACUGUUGGGACAGGUUUUGGUGAACAAGAGCUUAGGGUGGUCUGAUUUUGAAGGAGCAGUUGUGAAUGGGCACAAGAACAGGAAAGGCCAGCUUCGUUUACGGAAACAGAAACAGUCUAUUUACACUUAUCCGGCUCCUGAUUGUAUGUGCAAAGCAGCUUAA